UGUGGCCAGGCAGUCAUGGCCGCACUGACAAACAAAUAAAAUAAAACGCAAGUUGUGAUACAAAACUAAAAAUUACUUAAAUAUAUUGAACACAUUUGGAUUUCCUAUACGCAUUUACGCUCUUACGAACAAAUAUAAUACCGCAACCGCAAAAACCCCAUUAAAGGUUUGAACAAAAUAUUAUAAAGUUUCCUUUCGAAAACACCGAACACACAUACAACGGAAUUUUUGGGAAUUUUUCAAUAAUUUUAAUGUGUUUUAUGCCAACUAUUCUAUUGCCUGACCACCAAGCAUUGGUAAAUGUAUCCUGUCACCUGAUUACCGGAAUACUUAAGUAAAGUGCUGUAAACUUGCUUGCUGGACAUAAAAGGUGCCACAACUUUAUAACAUUCUCCAAAGCAAGGAGCAGCGGCAGCAGCAACGUCAACAAACCCAUAAUAUCGUGUCCAAAUCACAACCAGCUUUUUGGCACCGCAUUCACAUAUCUCUGUCGUACUGUGAAAAGGGGACUACAAACGGCCAGUUGCAACUACUCCUCUCUAGCCUCAAGUAAAUUUCAGUCCAGUUGGAAUAUUACCAAUAUUAUAAAGCAGUCAUUAUUUGUGUGUGUGUAUUGGCAGAGUAGAUUCAAGGACAUAACUCCAUAAUGAGAGCAAUAGCAGUGCUUUAUGGCAUAUUACUUGUGGCCAUAAUCUUUAUGGUCGGUGCACAAAGUCAAACAGUUCCACGUCGAGAUGAAACCUAUCCGCCACCGGAACUUUUGGCCAAACUUAGACCAGUGCAUGAUACUUGCGUUAGCAAGACGGGUGUAACUGAAGAGGCAAUUAAAAAGUUCAGCGAUGAGGAAAUACACGAAGACGAACUGCUCAAGUGCUACAUGUAUUGUGUAUUCGAUGAAAUGGAUGUGUUGCAUGACGACGGUGAGGUACACCUGGAAAAGGUAUUGGAUCUGAUGCCCGACUCCAUGCAUGACCUGGCAAUAAACAUGGGCAAAAGGUGUCUCUAUCCAAAGGGUGAUACGACCUGUGAUAGAGCAUUUUGGUUGCACAGCUGCUGGAAAAAAGCUGAUCCCGUGCACUACUUUUUGGUUUAACGUCCUUUCGUUCUGCUGUUGCCGUUGAGAUGAUGGCAAAAAUUUACUAGAAAGUAAUAAAGUUUAAUGGGAUACACAACAACAAGUACAAGGGUUUGGUAUAUUGUAGCUGAUAAGAUGUAUUAUUUUAUUUGGAAUAAAUUUAAAUUGUGUUUUA